ACCGGCGCACUAUUCCCCUUUUUGACUCAGGCUUGUUCACGAUAAGCUAGCGAGGCGCCCUGGACUCAUUCUUGGUUGGUGCGCACCAAUCCGGAGUACGCCGGUCAAGCCACCCCAUCCUAGACUACCUUCAGCUUGGCUAAUUAUUGGCUUUCGCUCCCAGAAGUCUUAAUGCAGCCAGUUGGCCUAGGCAGGGAUUGUUCCAUCCUUUCAGGUCGGUCUUCCGUGCAGAGUUCCGAUGGGCGGGACAACCGCCACACGCCGCUGACACCACCACACUUCUCGAUGGGGAUAGAGCAACAAGCUCCGAGAUUUCCAUUCAAGGGCCUGGGGGCUCUGGAGAGUAGUCUUAGAAUCCCACACUGGGUCUCUGGUACAGUGGUCGAAGAAGGUCUCACAACAAGCGAUAAGAACUGUGAAGGCGGUCAGCCCCGGGAAGAUUGUGGUAAGAUAGAUUUAGCCGGUUCCGGAAGGUAUUUGGAGGUAUUGGGUAAUAUUUAUGACGAGCGAUAUGCGACGCGUGAUACGUUUGAUAAACGUGUCGGAGCACCGGAGCAAAUCCUCGCUUCCUCCGUAGAUACUCCGUACCUACAUCUUCCCCCCGCCCCAGGCGCCGCCGCAUUUGAUCUUGGCCCAUCCUUGCUGGUUCCUGUCAGUAAGGGAUGGAUACACUCAUAAACACUGAACUAGCUCAGGGUGACCUAAUCGCACACUAACCUUACGCAAUGCUGCUGUAUGGUCGUGAACACACUCAGGGACCUUCACUGUGCAUAGCUUGUUGAUUAUUUGUCGGACUCUGGCUUUA